CACGAGUGUUGAAAAAGCUCUUCAGCGACUCUGUCUUCCUCCAGUCUACAUACCGCCGUUUCAAUCGACGACGACAUCAUGGGCGUUCCUCGAGGCUUCAAGGCUGCUGCUUUAGCAGCGCUCAUCUCGAGCCAAUUCCACCUGUCUACCGCCGCUCCAGCAUCUGCCAAAUUCGCGAGACGCAACGCAACAAGCCUAAGCGACUCCUACGACUACGUGAUCGUGGGCGGAGGCCUUAGUGGUUUGGUCGUUGCCAACCGCCUGACUGAAGAUCCCGAAGUCACUGUCUUGGUCGUGGAGUAUGGCGAUUUCGACGAUUCGUGGGAUGUAGCCAUUCCAUACUAUUCGGCCAACCUCCACCCCAACGACCUGAUCCAGUUCAUGUCCGUUCCGCAGCCUGGCCUCAACAACAGAACCUCCGGCGUUCAAACCGGCACAGUUGUUGGAGGUGGAUCCACAGUCAACGGUAUGGCCUUUGACCGAGGCUCGAAAGCCGACUACGAUGCGUGGGAGGAGCUGGGCAACCCCGGUUGGAACUGGGAGAGCCUGUCUCACUACUUCAAAAAGUCCACCACCUUCACCCUUCCUGCUCCCGAAUACGUCGAGAGAUACAACUACAGCUACGACGAAAGCACGUACGGCGAAGGACCUGUUCAAGUUGGCUUUCCAUCCUGGCAAUGGCCCGACAGAGAUCUACAGAGAGAGGCCUGGAUCAACGACGUAGGAGUUCCCGUGCUCGAUGACCACGGUGCCGGGGGCAACAACGUCGGCCUGGCACUGCUGCCCCAGAACCACGACCCGAAGAACGUCACCCGCUCGACCUCGAGAACUGCUUACUACGACCCGGUCGCAGGGACUCGCAAGAACCUCAACCUGCUCGUCAAGCACUUCGCCUCAACGAUCGAGUUCGAGAACAAGAAGGCCGUCGGCGUGAACAUCGUUUCUCGGGACACCAAUGCCACGACGUUGAUCAAGGCGAAGAAGGAGAUUGUUCUCGCUGCCGGGGGCGUGCAGACGCCUAGGAUUCUCCUCCAAAGUGGUGUCGGGCCCGCUUCGCUACUCGAGUCUCUGGACAUCGACGUCGUCGCAGACCUCCCCGGAGUUGGGGCCAACUACCAGGAUCACCCAUGGAUGCUGCUUUUGUACACAUAUGGCAACCCCCCUGAACUUGGCAGCGAGGCCAUGAAUGACCCUACCUUCUUCAACGCGUCCGAGGCGGAGUACUUUGCCAACCGGACCGGUCCCUUUACCCACGCUCGCGGCAACAACAUCAUCUUCCUCUCUCUCCAAGACAUCACCUCCGAGUUCGAGAGCUUAACGGCUGCCGUGGAGGCGCAGAACGCGGCGGAUUUCCUCCCCCCAAUCUACUCCGAGCAUCCUGAGCUGCUCGAAGGUUUCCUCGCUCAGCGUGAAAGCCUCGCGAAGCUCUACCGAAGCCCCGAGGCUGGCGUGCUGGAGAUCCCAUUCGGAGGUUUCUCGGGAGGUGCCAUCUCAUUCCAGAAGCCGCUCUCCCGCGGCACCAUCACCAUCAACACCACCGACCCGAACCCCGCGGUGCCCCCGGUCAUCGACUUCGGCGUGCUCCAAAACCCCAUCGACCUCGACGUCGCCGUUCUCAGCGUCAAGGCAUUCCGCAAGGUCUGGGAAGGACCUACCCUCGCCGUCCGCGAGGCCGUCGAGAUCGUCCCGGGCGCCAAUGUCACUUCGGACGAGGCCAUCGCCGAAGCCAUCCGGGACUCUCUAUUUGCCAGCUUUGCGCACCCCAGCGGUACGACGAGCUUGCAGCCGUUGGAGCACGGCGGGGUCGUGGACCCCGAGCUUCGCGUCUACGGUGUUGAGGGGCUGAGAGUCGUUGACUCCAGUAUCAUCCCCUUGAUCCCCGCUUGCCAUUUGCAAUCGACCGUGUACGCUGUUGCAGAGAAGGCUGCGGAUAUUCUGAAGGGACUGUAACCAGUUUCAGUAGUAACCAGUUAUAUAGUUCCUAGCUUGAAUUACGG